AUGUCUUCCAAAAAGCUCUUGGUCUUAAAGACAAGCGACGGCGAGGAAUUCGAACUCGACAAGACAGUGGCCAUGAGGUCAGAAGCCAUUACAAACAUGGUGGAAGAUGACUGCGCUUCAAACACCAUUCCUCUGCCUAAAGUCGACAGCAAAACAAUGACCAAAGUGAUUGAAUACUGGAAAAGACACUCCGAGGAAGGCGACGAGUUGAAGGAUUUUGACAAGAAUUAUGUGAAGGUGCUGAAUUACACGGAGUUGUAUGAUCUAAUUUUAGCUGCUAAUUAUCUUAAUGAUAAGGAGCUAUUGGAUAUAUUGUGUCAAGAAACUGCUGAUAGGAUGAAAGGGAAGACGCCAGAGGAAAUACGUAAAGCAUUUAAUAUCAAGAAUGAUUUUACCCCUGAAGAAGAGGAGCAAAUCCGUCAAGAGAAUGCUUGGGCCUACGCUUGA